AUGGCCUAUGUCGUUCCUCUCCAUCACGGUAGCAGCAUUAGACAUGCCGUUAAGCUACAGUUUAUGAAGCUUGGGGAGGAUUGCUUAGUUCUUGCAAGGUCAAAUCGUUUGGAGUUUUACACGCAGGCACCAGAUGGUCUGGUUCUCCGGCAUGCAAAAGCGAUAUAUGGCAAAGUUUCUAUUCUCCAAAAGGUCGCCCGCCCUUCCAACACAGAUUUGCUCUUUGUGGGCACUGAUCGAUACGCCUAUUUCACACUGUUAUGGGAGCCGUCCACAAAACAGCUGCGGACCGAACAAAAAUAUGUCGAUGUGUCCGACGCCUCAUUCCGGGAUAGCCAGGCGGGUGAUCGAUCGUGGGUAGAUCCCUCAGGGAAAUUUCUCACGCUGGAGCUAUAUGAAGGUAUCAUCACGGUCAUACCCAUCUCACAUGAGCCGCAAAGGCGCCCCGCCUCCGCCUUACACUCCGAAUCGAAUGGCCUCGGAUACCUUGGAGAACCACAUCAGGCUAGAAUAGAAGAACUUCUUGUUCGAUCAACGACAUUCUUGCACCAAGACCCUAAACGCCCACCUCGACUGGCAAUUUUAUAUGAAGAUACAAAAGGCCAAGUAAAAUUGAAACUUAGAGACUUGAUAUACACUGUCAUCGGUUCAGAAACAAGUGUGGCAGAGUUUAAAGAUAUUGACAAUUUGUAUGACGAUUUAGAACUCGGGGCGGAUAUCCUUAUUCCUGUCCCCCUACCGUUUGGAGGGCUUCUUAUCCUUGGAGAAAAGUUCAUCAAAUAUGUGGAUACUGCUACAAACGAAACGGUGACUCGGCCUCUAGAAAACAAUACUCUGUUUGUUGCCUGGGAACGACUAGAUGCCCAACGAUGGCUGCUAGCUGAUGACUAUGGCCGUUUGUUUUUUCUCAUGCUGGUCUUAGACUCGGCGAAUGCAGUGCGCAGCUGGAAAGUGGAUUUACUCGGAGCAACAUCUCGUGCCUCCAUUCUUGUACACCUCGGUGGGGGCGUAGUCUUCUUGGGCUCUCAUCAAGGUGAUUCUCAUGUGAUUAGGAUCACUGACGGCUCUUUUGAAAUUGUUCAAACUCUUUCCAAUAUAGCCCCCAUUCUUGAUUUUACCGUUAUGGAUUUAGGGAGCCGUUCAGGAGAGAUAUUGACCCACGAAUUUUCCUCGGGCCAGGCACGCCUCAUUACAGGCUCUGGGGCAUUUCAAGAUGGAAGUCUAAGGAGUGUUCGGAGUGGAGUUGGAAUAGAAGACUUGGGCGUCCUUGGCUCCCUGGGACACAUUACAGAUCUGUGGGGUUUAUCUGCCUAUUGCCAAGAGGAGUUCUCUGAUACCCUCCUUCUGUCGUUUGUGGACGAAUCAAGGGUGUUCCACUUUUCGCCCAGCGGUGAAGUAGAAGAAAAGGAACACUUUCUCGGGCUUCUGUUGACAGAGCCUACUAUUUACGCCGCUAACAUCACCAACCGUCGAUUGCUGCAGGUGACGGAUCAUACAGCAAGGGUGAUUAAUGUUGAGAACGGAAUGCCUGUUUGGGAGUGGUUUCCAACAGAUAACCAGAGAAUAACUGCUGCUUCAGUGAAUGAGACACAUUUGGCGUUGGUAGCAGGUGGCCAGGAGCUUGUGGUUUUCAACAUUGCUAACAAUAUUAAGUUAUUAGGAGCCAAAACCUUCGGGGCUUACAAACAGGUCUCUGGUAUCGCUCUCACUCCACUACCAAUUAAUUUAUGUCUUCUGUGUUUUCCCCAAUCCGCGGAAGUUGUGCUUGUCGACUUGGAAGACCUUCACAUUCGCCAUACUGAGGCCCUAGGUGAAGCAGGCGAUGCCGUACCUAGAUCAGCUCUGGUAGCGAACAUGAUUCCCAACCAUCCCCCAAUAGUUUUUAUUUCAAUGGCUGAUGGAAGUGUGUUUUCAUUUUCUUUGAAUACCGAGACGUAUUCUCUAUCAAAUAUGAACAGACUUAUUCUUGGGUCUGAGGCAGCAGUGUUUAAAUUAUUGCCGAGGGAAGCUGGGCUCUAUAAUGUUUUUGCAAUCUGCGAGCACCCAAGUCUUAUAUACGCAUCCGACGAAAGAAUAGUCUACUCUGCUGUUAAUUCUGACAAAACAACCCGUGUGUGUCAGUUCAACGCUCUGGCAUAUCCCGGGUCAAUCGCCAUUGCUACACCGGACGAACUCAAAAUUGCGCUUGUGGAUACCCAGAGAACAACGCAGAUCCAGACCCUAAUGAUAAAUCAGACUGUUCGAAGAAUUGCAUACUCCCCAGCCGAGCGCGCUUUUGGAAUUGGAACGAUCGAUAGAACGCUAGUCGAUAAUUCUGAGCAAAUUAGGAGCCAUAUUGUUCUAGCCGAUGAGAUAGUGUUUCGAAAGCUAAGCGAAUUUGAGCUGAACCCCCGUGAAAUUGUCGAGUGCUUAAUACGUGCUGAACACCCCAUCUCCAGCAAAGAUUACCCCAAGGAUAUUUUCGUUGUUGGCACGUCCGUAUCAGAUGCGCCUGAAACUUUGGAGCGUCACGCAAAAGGAAGGAUCCUAAUUUUUGAUAUUGAUUCCAGUCGACAACUACGAAAGAUCUCGGACUUAUCCAUUCGUGGUGCCUGUAGGGCGCUAAGCAUUGUCGGCAAUAAAAUUGUUGCCGGGCUUAUGAAAACUGUGGUCUUGUUCAACAUGAAAAAAGGACACCUUUUUAACAUCGAUCUUGAGAAGGAAGCGAGUUACAGGACCUCUACUGCACCCGUUGAUCUCUCCGUCAUGGAUAACACCAUAGUCGUUGCCGAUGUGAUGAAAAGCAUUUCCCUUGUUGAAUACACACCCGGAGAAGUGGGGCAAACGGGCGUUCUUAAAGAAACCGCCCGUCAUUACCAAACGCUUUGGACUACCGCCGCAACCCCAGUAGCAGAAAAUGCAUUUCUAGUUGCCGAUGGCGAAGGCAAUCUGUCGGUUCUCAACAAAAACAUAUCCGGUGUUACAGACGAUGACCAGCGCCGCAUGCAGGUCACCAGUGAAAUACGGCUGGGUGACAUGGUGAACAAAAUUUAUUCUGUGAACUUUCAAGUCCCUGUGGACUCCCCGGUUGUCCCCAAAGCUUUCUUAGCGACGGUUGAUGGAUCUAUCUACCUUUUUGGCCUUAUCUCUCCUGCCUUGCAAGAUCCUCUCAUGCGACUUCAAUCUGCGCUAGCCAAUUUCGUGGCUAGCCCUGGUGAUAUACCCUUCAAUGACUAUCGUGCAUUCAAGAGCAGCGUCCGGCAGGCAGAUGAACCAUUCAGGUUUGUGGAUGGUGAACUUAUUGAGCAAUUUUUAGCUUGUUCUCCUGAUAUUCAAGAGGCCGUUCUGAAAAAAAUGGGAGCCGAAGGUAGUUCAGAAAUGACACAAGUGAAGACUAUUGUUGAAAGGUUAAAACGUAUGCAUUAA